AUGAGAAUUACUUUGAUAGAUAACUUAACAAUAAUUGCUCAUUCAUAACACAGGAAUUCAGGAGAAGAUGCAAUAGCUAAGCUUUGGGCCAUUAUACCAUACAUUUAGUAUUUAUCUUUAUUAUUACCAUAACAUGGAUGGCAAUAUUGGGAAUACAGCGAUGGUUAUUUAACUGUUAUAUCAAAAGCCUCAUCAUAUUUGACAAUUACCCCUUUUUUUGAAUUUCAAAAUAAUUUCAUUUACUAUCCAUUUACUAUUUUUAGUCUCAUAAUACUAUUGGGUGUAUUAUUUUACUUAUCUUUUUUCAGUUUAGAAGUGAAUUCAAAUAAAUAAAAGGUUAAGUAUUUAGAAGAAAGGACUAGCUUAUUUUGUUCAAUUAUAUUAUUUACAAUUUAAACACUAUAAAUACCAUGUUAUAAGUUUUAUAUCUAGUAAAUAAUAGAUGCUAGCAAUAAAAAUGAAACAAAUCAAUUAAUAAUCAAUAUUUGUGCACUUAUUUUAUAUUGUGUAUAUGUUUUUGUUUGUGAAUAUUUUUUAAGAAUUUACUCAUUUAUACCUUAUCAUCCAAUGUAAUAAAAAUUUACAAAAUUGAGAGGUUCAUUAAUAUUAUUAAAUUUAGUUGCUAUUGUCUUAACUUUAGACAAUCAAUCACAUUUAUAUAAUCUAAUUGGUUUAUUUAUUUUACAUAUGAUAUUUAUCAUUAAAAUUUUAAAUCAUUUAUACUAUUAAUCAGAUGUUCCUCAUAAAAAUAUGAUGGAUUUUUAAAUCUCAUUUACUUUAGAAUCAUUAGCAAUCUUAAUUACGUUAAAUGUUUCAUCUAAAAAUGAGAUUUUUCCUGAAAAUUAAAUUGCCAUUUAUAUUUUAUUUAUCUUGAGUCUUGGAUUAAUUUUAGGUAAUCAUUUAUUCUAGUCUCUAUACAAAUAUAACUUUAUUAAAGAAAUAAGAUAUCUUAAUCUAAUUUAUGAAAUGUACUCAUGUAUUAGUAACAUCAAUUCCAAUUCUAUAACUAUAUAACAUUUACUCAUCUAUCAAUUAAUUAAUGAUGAUAAAUUUAGUAAAUUUAAAUAAAAGGCUUUAAUUAGUAAUAAAAGUAUGAAGAUGAUAGAUUAUUAUAAAUUAGGAAUGUAUUUUAUAAGUGAAAUCUUUCUUGAUUUAAUUAAUGAAUAAAAAAAUGAUGUGGAAGAAAUAGAAUUAUUAUUUGUAUCUUUCUUAGUACUUAUUAAGAAAAAGCCACUUGUUGCAUAUGUUGAAUUUAAAAAAUUUGAAUAAAAUAAUAGUUAUAAGAAAUCUUAUUAUUUUGAUUUUAUAAAAAAGAGAAUUGAUCAACAUUUUUAAAAGAGAGUUUAAGCUGCUCAAAAGAUUUAUUAAAAUAAAAAAAUGCAUUCAAUAAAAAAUAAUAGCAAUAAUGAGAAAAGAAUUAGUACUCGUGAACUUCAUCAAUUUUGUAAAUUGGAAGAGGAUAUGUAAAAAUCAAUUUUGGAAAUAAUUUAAUAUAAAAUACGUAUUUGGGAAUUUUAAAUAUAAGGAUGUUAAUCAAUUUAUGAUUUUUAAGAUUUUGCACUUCCUUUAAGUAAAAAAAUAGUAGACUGUAUUUUAUAUUUAAGAGGAUCAUAAAUAAAUGUUGUAAAAGAAGAAUUUAUAAAAAAUUGUGAAAAUAUUUUAACUUUGAAGAUUUGUUCAAUGUUUUUUAGUUUUGUUUUGAAUGAUUACUAUAAUUCUUAUUAUUGUGAAUAGAAACUAUCAGAUAUAAUGAAAAAAGGAACAAUUUUUUAAUAGAAUACUUAAUCAAGAUCGAAUAUUUUACAAGACAAUACUGUUUUAGUAAUAAUAAGUAUGGUAAGAUAAUUAGGAUCAAUUUUAAAUAUAAAUAAAAGUUAAUUAGCAAAUUAUUUUGGCUAUCGUUCGAUUGAGUUUAAUUAAAUUAAUAAUAUUAAAGAUUUGAUGCCUUAACACUUUGCCUAAUAACAUGAUGGUUUUCUUCAAAGUUAUAUAAAAGAAGCCAAAACUGAUUUAGUGUUUAAAGAUGUUAGAACAUUUGGAAAAGGUAAAAAUGGAUUUAUAAUGCCAUAAUAUCUUAAUAUAUAUAACAACUAUGAAAUUUUUGAUGACUUUACUGUUGUUGGUAGUUUAACAAAAAUAAAAGAAUCUCAUAAUUAUUUUUUAUUUGAUGAAUUUGGUAAAUGUAUUGGUAUUACUUAAGAAAUGAGUAAAUUAUUAAUACCAAAAGAAAAUUUAGAAUAUUUUAUAUAAAAUAUAGAUUAUUUUUAUAUUUAUAUGUUUAUUCCUCAUAUACAUAUGUAUAUAAAUGAUAUGCUUUAAAAUAAUAACAUUUAAGAAGGAUGGAUGUUAUAAAAAUCAGUUAUUGUAUAUGUUUAUUAAGAUUUGAUUUAAUUAUCUAAGAUUCAUGAAUCAAUAUUUUAGACUUAUUAAGCAUAAUCAUAAAAAUGUAUUGAAUAAACUAAAACAUUUACUUAAUUUGAAUAUCUAAAUUCAAUGAUAAGCAGUCCUAGAAAUGGAUAGAAUUCAAGAUUGAUAACAGAUUAAAAGUCAUAUUAGAAUGAUCAUUUGAUGUUUGAAACUAAUAGAUAAACUAAUAGCGACUCAUAAUAAUAGAAAAAAGGAGGUUUAUCAAAUUUACUUUAAUAGAAAGAGUAAUAGAUGAUAGAAUUUUUAAAUGCUAUUGAUGUAAUUCUAUUUCUAUCUUUAGGAGUUAUAAAAAACCCUGUAUUUGUGUACUGUUAAAAUACAAAUGGUUGAUAUAGGUAAAAAAGGAUACAAAUAAAAUUAUUUUAUUUUAGAUUGUUCUGAUUUUGUAGAUAAAGGUAAUUAGUAAGAUGAUGACAAAAAGUAAGUGAAAAUUAAAUAAAGUUAAUUGCGUAAUAUAAAUAUUCGAAAUUUUAAUAGAAAAUAAAGUUUAUUAUAAUAGAGUAAAAAGAAUCCUGAUUAAUAGAUGGAUUCUUCAUUAAUAAGUCCAAUGGGAUCUUAAAUAUAACAAUAAAGUUUUCUGGAAUAGAAUUCUGGAUCUAAUUAGAUUUUAAGUUAUGUUUUUUAAAAAAGAUCAAGUUAAAUAGGUGCAAUAGCUUAAGUAGAAUCUGAAAGUAUUCAUGAUGAAGUGAUUAGUUAUGAUUUUAAUUAGAUUAUGUAAAAAAAUGAUGAAUAAAAAUCUAAUAAAGGACCAGUACUAAAAUCUUAAUCUAGUUGUAAAUCAGGUUCAUCUGGAUAAACUGCUAUUGAGAUAGUGAAUAAUUUUAAAACUUAGACUUCUUUAAUCUCUAGUUUAACAAUUAUUUCAAUCUUAAAAUUUUUAAUACUAUUGUUAUUUACUAUUUUUAUGUCAAUUAACUUGGCUUAGAUUUAAAUAUUUAAUAAUUAAGUAAUGAAUUUUAUAUCUGAUAUCAAUCUACCAAUUAAUUUUAAUAAAUAUUUUUUAAAUGUAUUAACUCAUUGUUGGAUAAUUGAAAUGAAAAAAAUUUAAAUUCUAAAUACCAGUUAAUUUAUUGAUAAUUAACUUUAAGAAUAAAGAAUUAAUAUGCAAAGUACAUUUUAAAAUCUUACAAAUAUGUUUGGAAGUUUUAUAGCAUUGGAAAAGAAUCAAUAUUUAGAUAAAAUUUAAAUAAUCCAUCUAGAAGAUAAUUUUAAAAUAGAAGAUACAGAAUUUACUGGUUACCUUUAUUAUCUUGAAUAAGUAGGUUUCAGAUUGAUGCAUAGUGAUAAUGAAUAAACUUAUUUAAGUAAUCUUUUAAAAUAUAGGAUUAAUUUUGGAAAUAUUAUAAAUAAUAAUGAAAAAGUUGUUUCUUCAUUAAGUUCUUAUUUUAAAAUUUAAUAAGAUGGAAAGAUUUCAACAUUCUUUAAUUCAAUUUUAAUAUAAGUAAUUAUUAUAGGUAUAAUUAUUAUAUCAUAAUUAUUUUUUUGGAGAAGAUUAGAACUUUAUAGUUAAAGAAUUCUUAUGUUAUCAAAUCGACUAAGUGAAAAAGCAGCAGAAACUUAAAUUAAUAAAUUCAAAUUAAUUAUUACAGUAUUAAAGUAAUUCUAUGGCGAAUAUGGUUAUAAAUAAAGAAAUUGUUAUAAACUUUGUUAUACUGAUUUUACAAAAAAGAAAACAGAUCUUAAAUCAAUAACAAGAAUGAAAUUUCGAUAAUCUGUUUUAAAUUAAAACAUUUAAAAAUAAGUAGAAAUUUCAAAUAAGAAAUCUACAUAAUCUACUAUUCCUUUAAAUUCUAGAAUAUAAAAUGCAUCAAUUAAACUUAUUAUUAAAAGCAUUUUAGUAUUUUUUUUAGCCAUUAUGAUUAUUUUGUAUUUCAUAGGUUGUUAUUUGAUAUUUAAGGAUUAAACCUUUAAAUUAGCACCAACUCAAGAUUUAGCUAUGGAUUAUAUAGCAUUUUAUAUACAUUUUGAAAAUACGAUUGCAAUUUCAUUAAUAAUAAAAUCAGAAUAAUAGAUUUAUAAUUUCAUGAAGGAGAUGAUUCCAACUUCAGCAAAUAUUAUUAAUAAUUAUUAAAAUAAUUUGGAUACAAUACCUCUUCUCUUAAGUACAUAUAGUUUUGAUCAUACAGAUUUCAAUGAUAUUUAUAAUAAUAUUAUAUAAUCAGAUGCUAUGAAUGGAGAUGACGAAACAUUUAUUUUAGGUUUAUAUAAUGGAGACUUUUGUUAGUUUUUUUAAUCUGAUAUCCCAUUUUGUAAUAGAGAUUUAAGUUAAAUUGAUUUUUCAAAUUAAUUUGGAGAAUUUUCAAAUAAAGAUAAUAAUUCUGAAUAUCUCAAAAAAGGAAUCUCUGGUAUGGUUAGUAAAAUGGAUAGUUUUCUUACUUAAUAUUUUGAAACUGAAAUUCUAACAGGAAAUGCAAUUAAUGACUAUGAAUUAUUGAAUAAUUAAAUAAACACUUAGGAUUUUAAUAACGUUGUUAUUUAAUAUUACUUUGAUACUUAUUUAGGAUUUGAAGCUUUUAUUGCCAAAAUGUAAUAAUGCUUAAACAGUUUAAUUUAAAAUUAACAAGAUUAAUAUAACAUUUAUUAAAUUACAGUUGGAAUCAUUUUUAUUUUAUUUCUCUUCUUUUCAUCAGUUUUUAUAGUAGUGAAAGUGAAUCUAAGAUUAAUUUAUAUUAGACUAUUAAUCACUCUUUUACCAAUUGAAAUUAUGCUUGACAUUUAUACCAUAUCUUUGUUAAAACUCUUAAGAUGA